GCGAGGCAAGGCGAGGCGGACCGCGGCGCCGCGCGCGCGCUCCGAACAAGAAGAAGAAAUCGGGGACACACCCCGCACCUGUGCAUAGCGUGCGCCGCGCCGGGGCUCUGAGCAACCCGCGAUUGCCGAUCAUCCGCGAGAACCGCGUCCGGCUCGUGUGAUUGUGCGCCUACUUAGCGUCAGUGUUUUCGAUCGUGGUGGUGACGGUGGUGAACGCGCAUCGGCAGCCACCACCACCAUCACCAUCACCACCAUCACCAGCACCACAACACCCACCAGCACCAGCGAGGCAGCAUGAGGAUAGCGCCAUGAGGAAAGACAUCAAGAAGUCGUCGUACUACGUGUGGUUCCUGGGCGCGCAGGAGGCCAAGGGGCUGCGCGGGCCCGAGUAUGUGCUGCCCGUGGUGCGGAGCCUGGUGGAGCGCGAGCGCGAGGUGGAGCCCUUCAAGGUGACGCUCCAGGUCAGCCACAAGGGGCUCAAGAUCGUCCAGAAUGUGCCCGGGUCGGGCGGCGCGUCGGGCGCGGCGGCCGCCAAGGGCGCGACCAAGGUGCUGGGCGCCAAGCCCGCCAAGGCCGAGACCGUCAAGCACCUGAUCCCGCACCACGCCGUCACGUGCGUGCUGCAGCAGGAGGACAUCGUGGCGUGCAUCCUGCUGCUGUACAACCCCGUGACCAAGUGCCCCGUGCACGUGCACGCCUACCGCUGCGACUCGGUGGAGACGGCGCAGAUCCUGUGCGGCCAGCUGCAGACCCUCAUCGAGCGUCCCGACAACCAGAAGAAGCUGGCCGAGAUCGAGGCGCGCCUGCGCACCAAGGGGCUGCUCGGGGGCCUGCCGCCGGGGCCGCGGCGCGCGGGCCAGGGCCACAGCCCCGGCUCGGACGGCAGGUCCACCCGCGAGUCCGAGUCCUCGGGCGGCUCCUCGUCGGAGCGCCUCAGCGGCGGCGGCUUCGUCGUGCGCGAGGAGCGCGUCACCAACCUGUACGACUCGCUGGCGGCCGAGCUGCGCGAGAAGCUGGGCGCCGACACGGACGCGACGCACGCGCCCAUCCUGCUGCCGCCCAGGGACUACGACACGGUGCACCGCCAGAAGGGCAACCUGGCCAGCGUGGACCGGCGCCGCUGCCUCAACGCCAGCAUCGUCGGCGUCAACAUCAAGAACUCCAAGAACAACGCCCUGGAGGAGGAGCCGGCCGCCGCGACCGCGGCCAACGGCCGGCACGCCGGCAAGCGCGGCUCGGCCGGCUCCGGAGGGGCGGGCGUCGUCGGGCACCCCGCGGCGCAGACCAGCCGCGGCCCCGGCGGCGCCCUGGUGGGCUCCUCCGGGGGAUCCUCCGGCAUCGGCUCGGAUCACGCGCCGUCUCCAGACAACGAGUCGGACCCUCGUUACCUGGACAACGCAUCUUCAUCAGACGAGGAGUGGAACGAGGAGCCGUCCGAGGACUCGCUGUUCCUGGUGCAGCCCGGGCGGGGCGCGGGCGGGGCGCUGUCGGGGUGGCGGGGCUCGCACGCCUCCGCCGAGCUCAGCCUGCCGCGGGCGCGCCGCGUGCACUCGCCAGCAGCCUCCCCGUCGCCCACGUCCCCCGCCGCCCCCGGCUCCCUCGGCAGAGACCUCAGGGACCACCCCCUGGCCGCGCCCCUCCCCGCCACCGCCGCCCCCGGCCCGCGCCGGAGGCACGCCAGCCCCACAUCGCCGCUCGACAGGCACCACUCUCGUGAGGAAGAAGAGGAGCUAUCCCGGACGCGGGUGCGGCGACCACCCGCCGACGAACGACAGCGCGCACCCAGGUCGCCGAGGUCAUCGCCGAGGUCUCCGAGAUCGCCCCGGGCGGUGGCCCGUUCGCCGCAGCGCUCCCUGUCCCCGCCGCCGCACCGCGCCGCCCCCGGGGGCGGGCCUGGGGGCGGGUCCGCCCCUCACGGACGCAAGGGAGCGCCACAGCUCGCCGCCUCUUCACUCGCGAGCCCCAUGUCGCCGAGGGAGCGCUUCCAGGACGCCAAGGAGAAGUUCCUUUCACUGGAGCGCGAGCGGCUGGAGGAGCAGGAGAGGGUGAUGCAGCUCAACCUGGAGAAGCGGCGGUCCGGGCCGCAGCAGCCGCCGCUGCACCAACAGCAGUCCGCGCCGCAGUCGCCGCACAGCCCGCCGAUCGUGGAGCCGCCGAUCAGCCCCGCCAUGGGGCCGUGCCCGAGGCCGCGCCCCCGCCCCCGACGGCCGUCGUGGUCGCGGUCGAGGGACGACUCGGAGGACGAGGUGCCGGACAGCGGCAACCACCACGCGUCCCGCUACUACCCGGACGACGACGAGGACGACGACGUGGACUUCUCGGGCAACGCGCUGCCGACGGGCGGCCGCCAACGGAUCAUCGCCGCCGUCAACCGACGCAUGUCGAGGGAGUCGCUCGAGGACGACGUCGACGACUUCGCGCCCCAGCCGACCAGAUCGGCGCCGACGUCGCGCUCCGGACCACCCCGACACGAGUACCCCGCAGGAUACAGAGGUGGCGACGUUCCCGCUAGAUCCGACCACCCCGCUAGGGACCACCCGGGCAGGGAUCAUCCAGUCAGGGACCACCCCGUCCGGGAACACCCCGUCAGAGAUCACCCCAACAGGGAUCACCCUAGCAGGGAUCACCCCGCAAGAGACCACCCCGCAAGAGACCACCCCGCUAGGGAUCAUCCCACCAGAGACCAUCCAACCAGGGACCAUCCCAACAGGGAUCACCCCACUAGGGACCAUCCUGCCAGAGAACACCCUAUCCGGGACCACUCCGGAAGGGACCAGAUACCAAGAGUCGAACAUCCGAACAGAGGGGACCAUUCGUCGAGAGGCGACCACCCCGCGCGCAGCGACAAUCCUGCGAGGCCCGACCACCCUGUCCGGGACCUGCCAGGCAGGGAUUACCCCGGCAGGGAGCCGCCAGUGAGAGAUCACCCGAGUAGGGAUCACCCCGGCAGGGAUCACCCCGCCAGAGGCGAGCACCCUGGUCGGGAGCAGCCCAGCAGAGGCUCGGGCGGCGACCUCCGCGCGGCCGUGUCGCGCUCGCGCAGUGUGCACCGCGACCGCGCGCUCGAGGACAGGUUCCGGAGCCCGGCCCGCGGCUACCCGUACCCGAUGGAGCCCCUGAUGGACGAGGGCCAGCGGUACCGCAUCCCCUACAACGAGGACAUGGACAUCCCCCUGGAGCGCUACCGCAGCAGCAACAACCCCCAGCCGAGGCCGCCCGGGCCGCCGCUCGGCCCGCCGCUGGGCCCCCGGCACCCGUACCCCCGCGAGCACGACGACGACGAGCCCCCGCACCCGCGCGGCGACCCCCGCGCCUACCUGGCCGACAAGAAGCGCCGCAGCGUGUUCGAGGCCCUGGAGGAGGAGCGGCGCCGGCACUCCAACGAGCUGGCGCAGGAGUUCAAGCGGCGGUCGUACCAGGAGCUGGACGAGCGCGAGCGGUACCCGGGCCUCGACCGGGAGACGGCCAGGGAGCCGGGGCCGCCGGGGCCGCCGCCGGGCCACCGGACGCAGGUGUCGGCCAGGUACAGGCACAGCUACGCCGAGCCGCCCCCGCGACACCACGACCUCCUGCACCGUGCCAACAGCGCGGCGUCCUCGCCCAGGGUGGGCAUCGCGGCCGUCCACCCGUACUGAGGGGGCUCCGGCCAAACUCCACGGGGACCCUUUGAUGACCACUUUGAGGACUGCCUACGAGGCUAGCCCACCGCCUCCACUGCUCAAACAAGUCGUCUCUCAAACGCUCAAUGUGGACCACUAUUACUGAUAAUCACGUGCCAAAACAACAUGUAGUGUGCUGGGAAUAAUAUGAUUUACUUUGCGAUUGUUCUCUAAUUGUAAGUCGUCAAUGUAAACUUGAUAUGGAUAUUGCUUGCGGUUUCUGGCCUCAGUAUGUGCUUUUGCUGUUUUGUAAAAGUUGUUAUAAUGAGGCUAUUGAGAAAAUAUUUUGCAACUAUCAAGUAAGGUAUUUGCUGAUUAUUUUAUAAGUUUAAGUGAUGAGGUGGGAUUUGUGAUGUUUUUUGUAUAUUCUGGUCUGUUAAAAUAGUCUUUAAAAUAUUCCUGAAUGCUUAUUGGUCCUCCAUCAAGUACUACGGGGAGAAGAUUAAUUGGAAGUUUCUCCCAAUUAACUCAGUUUAAAAAUUUCACAUUUGAAGCACAAAAGUAAAUCUUACAUUGUAAGUUCAGGAAUCAUAUUUAUUGAAUAUUCCAUGACAAGUACUGUACCCCUUAUUAAUUAUGUAAACUUACAGUCAUGUGAGAAGAACUUCUCUUAAAAGAUGUGUCUUUACUAAAAAAAGAUACAAAAAUUGUGAACAAGUAUGAACUCUCACAGUUGAUAAACAUAAUUUUUAUGAUGCUCAAUAUAGUAGCCUUUGUUGAAUCAUUGAAUUGAAAGUGUUCCAACCAUGAUGAAUAACUAUUCAAUGAAGUAUAGCUGUCCAUUCUUAAAAGAGAAACAGAGAUCGACUGAAGUAUAGUGAGUUGUAUGAGGAAGGAGGGAAGUACAGUGGAGAAGAGGACAUGGUAUUUAGAAAAUUUUGAAAUAUUUUUGCUGGCCUGAGCAACAAAUGAUAAGAAAGUUUCUCUCCACUUGUUAAGUCUAUGAUUUUUGCAUUUUAUUAUGUAAUAGUUCUAUUAAUAACUGUAUUUUUACAUUGAAUUUAUGUAAAUAUGUGUAUAGACGCCAUUGAGAGAAGAGAGUUGUCCCUCUACCCCUUUUAUACUUUGUUUAGAACUGCAUAUUUAGUUAAGGAAAAAUGAUAAGACAUUCCACGCAGCUCUCAUCCUGUAUGACAUGUUUUUAGUCUUGAAUUGGAAAUUUGGUAAAACCCCCAAUAGUGUGACCCAAAGCUCUCUAUUUGUGAUUCCGGGGAAGUACCACAUACUCAUAACGUGUCACCGUGGGGUCCUUAUGUUUCUGUGUUACUCUGUGCCAGAGGGGAAUGUGAAUUGGUCCAAGAUCCAAUGAGGUGAAUUGUAAGAAAUUGUUAAAGUGUUUGUAAUAAUAAAAGAAAAUAGAAAAAAAAAGA